UAUCUCUCCAGGACUCAUAUCUGUCUGACACACAACACAACACUGGGAUUUUAUUUAGAUUGUUCUGAAGUAUCAGGCUGUUAAACCAACCAAUACAAGGUCAUAUCAUUAUAACUGUGAGCUUUAUGUGCAGCUUCACUUGCUUUGAAUAAUGUGUCCCUUUAAGAGAGGAAGUUGUUAAAAGUCAAAGUGAAAGUAACUUUCAGAUCUCAAUCCAGAACGGGGUGACAUCGUGUGAGAAAAUGGCUUCUAGUUCGUCUCUCCCAGAGCAGGAUUUCUCCUGUACGGUGUGCCUUGACAUCUUUAAGGAUCCUGUCAUGUUGUCAUGCAGUCACAGCUUCUGCCAAGCCUGUCUAAAGGAAUGCUGGAAAGACAAGGAAUCUCGGGAAUGUCCAGUUUGCAGGAGAAGAUCCUCUAAGGAUCAUCCCCCUACAAACCUUUCUCUAAAGAACCUGUGUGAGGCCUUACGGGAAAGGAGACAGACAGAUCUGAAAAGUCCAACCACAGGGUCCAAGGUGCUCUGCAGUCAACACAGUGAGAAACUCUGUCUGUUCUGUCUGGAGGAUAAAGAGCCCAUCUGUUUGGUGUGUCAGGUCUCAAGGAAACAUAAAGAUCAUGACUGCAUCCCUGUAGACGAGGCUGUACAGGAUCACAAGGUAGGAGAACGAUUCUGAUAGAAAAUAUGUGAUACAUCAAUACUCAAACUAUGGAACAUGAAGU